AUGAUCAAUUCUCAUUUUAUUACACAACAUCAUACUUCCUCUUUACAACAAAAUACAAAGUCAAGUAGCUGGACAAAUAACAAUAUGGAGGAAUCUACAGAAUUUGAUCCAUUCAAAGUGAAUACCUCCCUUUGGAACACACUACCUGCAACGACUUUGAGUAGCAAUGUUGGUCUCAAUAACCACAAUGGAAGGCGAGGGUCCCUGAUUGACAACAUCAAGUCGCCAACAUUGCCUGGUACUUCCUAUAUGACUUCUCCGACCUCCGUAAAUUCGGAACUCGGCAAUCCAAUAGGCCUGAGAAGAGCCUCAUACACGUCGGAUACUAUUUGGGAAACAGACACCAGUAAUUUUAACGAUCAGAAUAAUAAUAACAGUUGGUCCUUAGGGUCCUUUCCUGCACCACCAUUUUCAGCGCCUUCACUCACCCACGCUGCUAAUGGCAAUUACGAAUUUCGUCGACAUUCUUACUCUAACGACUGGUCGUAUGAGGUGCCUCGCAAUGAAAUUAAUCAUGUUAUGGAAUUCGCCGAAUCUUAUUUCGGUGAUACGUUUACAAUGAAUGACAAACACAUUCGACUACAUCCAAUGUUAUCUGAAACUGAUGAACUCUCAUCAUUCAGAUCUUUAGAUCUUCCAAGUAUCAUGGUUUCUAAUAACGACCAGGUUCAAGAGUUAGGCCCGGAACUAAGUCUGAUACUAAUCGGCUUCAAGAAUGGAAGAGCUGAUAUAUUCUAUUUCGAAGACAGCAAUAUUCGUCCUUCUCUCAACGAUUUGGUAAUAGUGGAAGCAGAUAGAGGUCGUGACUUGGGCAAAGUACUUAAAGUUGGAAUAGAUCUUUUUCAAGCUAGAGUAUUCAAGUACAAACAAUUCAGGGUGCAACAGGCAGCAUUAAUCAGUGACAAGGAUAAUUCUCAUCAAACAUCCAACUCAAACUUUUUCUUCCCCAAGCAGGUGGUUAAGUUUGCCAGCAAUUCAGAAAUCUCACAACUGUUAAGCAAGUCUGUAGAUGAAGAAAAAGCAAAAAACGUGUGCCUACUUAAAAUUGUUUCUCAUAAUUUGCAAAUGUCUGUUGUGGAUGCCGAAUACCAGUGGGAUCGACGCAAGCUUACUUUCUAUUACCAUGCUUCCCACAGAAUUGAUUUCAGAGAUCUCGUACGGGAACUAUUUCGUGUUUACAAAACUAGAAUAUGGAUGUGUGCAGUUAACCUGGAAGUUGCUGCUUGA